GAGGGGUCCUGGCUGGAAAAAUUAAACCCAAACCUCAGCCCUCUGUCAGGCGGAGAGGAAAAAAAAAUAAUUAUAUUUUUGAACUAGUGUAGAGCGUGGACAGGAAAUGACCCCUCCAGAAACUGCUGCUUUAAAAAGGAGCGGCGGUGCCUGAAGCUCUCCAGUCCCUCUCUCUCUCCGGAGCCGGAGCGCUCCCGCUCCCCCCGCCCCCCCGGCUCCCGCUAUAGAGGCUCCCACAGCAGUUCCAGCCAGUGCGUGCAGCCUGGAUGUGUGUGCGAGUGCGCGCUGCUACUUUGUACUGUGAAGAACACACAGCCCAUGUGCUCUGUAUGGAUGUUGAUGAUACUCUGUGUAGCUUGAAUCUCUGCAAGCAGGCAAGAUGUCCAGCACACCACAUGACCCCUUCUAUUCUUCUCCUUUUGGCCCAUUUUAUAGGAGACACACACCAUACAUGGUGCAACCAGAGUACCGAAUAUAUGAAAUGAACAAGAGGCUGCAGUCGCGGACGGAGGAUAGUGACAACCUCUGGUGGGAUGCCUUUGCAACUGAAUUUUUUGAAGAUGAUGCAACCUUAACCCUUUCAUUUUGUUUGGAAGAUGGACCAAAGCGAUACACAAUUGGAAGGACCCUCAUUCCUCGUUAUUUUAGCACUGUCUUUGAAGGAGGUGUAACAGACCUGUAUUACAUUCUCAAGCACUCAAAAGAGUCAUACCACAACUCAUCCAUCACAGUGGACUGUGAUCAAUGCACCAUGGUCACUCAGCAUGGAAAACCCAUGUUUACCAAGGUAUGCACAGAAGGACGUCUUAUCUUGGAGUUUACUUUUGAUGAUCUUAUGAGAAUAAAAACAUGGCACUUUACUAUUAGACAGUACAGAGAAUUAGUCCCACGCAGCAUUCUAGCCAUGCAUGCACAAGACCCUCAGGUGCUGGAGCAGCUGUCCAAAAACAUCACUCGAAUGGGUCUGACAAACUUCACCCUCAACUACCUCAGGUUGUGUGUAAUACUGGAGCCAAUGCAGGAACUGAUGUCAAGACAUAAAACUUACAAUCUAAGUCCUCGAGACUGCUUGAAGACUUGCUUGUUUCAAAAAUGGCAGAGAAUGGUGGCCCCACCAGCAGAACCCACAAGACAACCGACAACCAAACGGAGAAAAAGGAAAAACUCUACCAGCAGCACUUCCAACAGCAGUGCUGGGAACAACGCAAAUAGUACCAACAGCAAGAAAAAGUCAGCUGCUGCGAACCUGAGUCUAUCAAGUCAGGUACCUGAGCUAGGAGCACUCCAGAGCUGCAGCCUCAACCCUGGGAGGGAUGGAGCCUUGUGUCAUUCAACAGCAGUGACCCCCACUGGCCAAUUUAAGGAGAAGCAUUGAGGGGCUCUAAAAGGAGUCACUUCCAGUCCUCCUCAGAGGUUUCCAUAUAACAAAUAUUGGGUGCUGUUCACAGGAUGUGAUGGUGGUAGGAGAACCAACUCUGAUGGGAGGCGAAUUUGGGGAUGAAGACGAAAGGCUUAUCACUAGAUUAGAGAAUACACAGUAUGAUGCAGCAAAUGGCAUGGAUGAUGAAGAAGAUUUCAACAAUUCACCUGCACUGGGAAAUAACAGCCCAUGGAACAGCAAACCUCCUGCUAACCAGGAGACUAAAUCUGAAAACCCCACACCACAAGCUUCCCAAUAGGUUAUUUGGCAGCAGUACCCCCUGCGACAUAUGUCACUGGGUUAUUAAUACUGUUUCACAGAAUUCUUCAAAAUAAAAUUUUUAAAAAAACAGCUUUCAACAGAUACAGUAUCGAUUUCUAACCUAAAGUGAUGUGAUUUUUUUUAAUUAGGGAAAAACUCUUGUGUAAGCUUCCAUAUACAUUUCUUGGAAGCAUUCACAUACAAUAUGAUACUGGCACUGACCUCAAUUAAAAUAAUUGAAAAUUAAGGAGCAUUUCAUGGCAAAUUUCUGACAAUGCAUUUUAUUGGAAGGGGUUGUUUUUUUCCUCAUCAAGCAAUGGCCAUAUUUUAACAAGUCAUCAGUGCUCAGGAUCUCAGUAACGUAACUAUGUAAAACUUUUUACAAUUGUAAUAUAUUUUCUGCUUUUCAACUUGCACCUGAAAUUUCUUGUUUCAGAAAAAAAAAAAAACAAAACACAGCUUUUAAGGAAAAGUAAUUUAAAGUAACUUUUGUUCCUUCUUUAACUUUUCUUUCAUCAGUUAAUCAUUUAAAGGAUCCAGCAUUUUUCAUUUACGUUUAGCUGAUGCCAGUAGAUACUCUUUCCAUCAUUUAAUAAAAAUGCUGAAACAAGAAAUGUCUUUUUUUCAUCAAAGACAUGAGAAAUAUUUUUAUGUGGAAAAAGACACCCGGUCCUAUGAGAGUUUACGCUUUGUAAAAUUGCUGUCGAUCCAGAUAUUUUAAAGCCAUGUAAUCCAUUAACUUUGUGGGCAGCUUAAUAAAUCUAAAAUUUCUGUGUUUUUAUUAUUGUAUCUGAGUUGGCUUUGUUGUUAUUUCUUUUCAUAGUAUAUUUCUUGUAUAAUAUUUUUGUAAAGCCCCCAAACCUUUUUUUGGUUUACUAUUUUUUUUUUUUUAAUUCUGGUGUAUUUAUGUGAAACUUUAUAAAAGAAACUAAUUUUUUCAUUUACAUAUUAAUAUGUUCAGCUCAUCAUGUAAAGACACAGUGAGUCAGUGUGUUAUAUAAUACAACUGUAUUUUAUGUAUGCUUUGCCAAUAAGUGUGCCAAUAAACUGUGUUAACAAA